UGUUGCAUUUUUUUUUUUCAAGGCCUCUUUUGCCUUCACAAUGUUUGGGGACUUAUUUGACGAGGAUUUUUCCUUCAUUUCCAACAAUCACUGGGGAAAAGGGAAGACAUCAAAGCCCAGAGAGUGUGAACCUCCAGCUCCCAGGGAUUUCACCAACCUCAGUGGGAUCAAAAACCAGGGUGGGACCUGCUACCUCAAUUCCCUGCUCCAGACUCUGCUUUUCACACCGGAAUUUAGAGAGGCCUUGUUUUCUCUGGGACCUGAGGAACUCGGGACUCUGGAUGACAGCAGGAAACCAGAUGCAAAGGUUCGAAUAAUUCCAUUGCAACUCCAGAGGUUGUUUGCUCAGCUCCUGCUCUUGGACCAACAGGCUGCAUCCACCACAGACCUCACCGAGAGCUUUGGCUGGAACAGCCAUGAGGAGAUGAGGCAACACGAUGUGCAGGAGUUGAACAGGAUCCUGUUCAGUGCUCUGGAGACCUCCCUGGUGGGGACAUCAGGCCAUGACCUCAUCAACCGACUGUACCACGGGAUUGUUGUCAACCACAUCGUGUGCAAGGAGUGCAAGAAUGUCAGUGAGAGACAGGAAGAUUUCUUAGACCUCACGGUGGCAGUGAAAGGUGUUGCUGGCUUGGAGGAGGCCCUGUGGAACAUGUAUGUGGAAGAAGAAUACUUUGAAAAUGACAACUUGUAUCGGUGUGGAGCCUGUGACAAACUUGUUGAAGCUUCAAAGUCUGCCAAGCUGCGGAAGCUGCCGCCGUUCCUCACCGUGUCCCUGCUGAGGUUCAACUUCGACUUUGAGAAGUGCGAGAGGUACAAGGAGACGAGCUGCUACACCUUCCCCCUGCACAUCGACCUGAGGCCUUUCUGUGAGCAGGUUGGUGCUGGGCCAGCUCUCCAAACCCUGCAGCCUCAGCAGAGCACCCACACCUCACGUUCGGGGCGUGGAGAAACCUCGGGGGGGUUCUUCUGGCCCUGAUUCCAAGGGUUUGUCCAAAAAGCCACUUUCUAACUGAGGAGGGAGAUAGUUUGUAGCUCUCCAAGGGUGUGAUAAUGAUGCAAAACUUAAUCUGCCCUUUCCUUGAAAACUCCCAGGCUUAUCAGCUGGGAAUGGAAAUUCGUUUUUAUAUUGUCAUUGUCUGACCAUGUGGGGUAUGAAUUGAGCUAUAUAUGUUUUAUGUGCCCCCAGUUAUCCCAUUUUUCUCGGGAAUCUGUGUUGGAAUUCAUAGAUUUUGAUUUAAAACUGAGUUAUACCAUUGCUUCCUGACAAUUUUGGAUCCUUAAA